UUCAAAACUGAACGUUUUUCGUCAUUUAAAGCUGAGCUGUAAGUGUCUCUACUUGUUUCUUCGUAUCAUAUGGGUAACACGCAAUGAUGAAUUGGAAAAAUAUUUUCUUGUUAGCUAGUUUCAAUGUUUUAGUCACAGCACCAAGAACUAAUAUAACUCAAGGAGAGAGUUCGUGUUCCAACGAAAAUCAACAGGAAUACUUGGAAGAAUUGUACGACAGAAAUUUUAUACGUUUGUUAAACUUCAUACCUACUUUAGCCUCGACGCCGGUUCACUUUUACAACUACGACAUUGAAAGCCUUAUCAAUGACUUCUACACCAACGUCGUUGAAUUAAACUAUAAAAAAGAGUCCGUCGAAAAGUAUAAGCAGAAAAUGCAAGAGAUCCAGUGUGUUAACGGGUUGUUCUUUUUACAUUUGAUAAGGGAACUGAAUUCAGGCAUAAAUGAAACCAAAACCAAAGGAUUGAAAAAUUUACAUAAACAGGUAGCGUCGAACUAUAUGUUUUACCUGACCCGCAUGUUGUCUAUGUUGCACAUUGCAAAAUGGGGCCCUUAUCCUUGGCAAAUCGAAAUAUUUACCUUUGUGGCGGGUCUUAAAGCUUCAAAGGCAAAUUUUGAAAGUUACAGGGACCAUUUCAAAACAAACUAUGAACGCAUAGAAAACACCGUAUUUGCGUUCGUUACCCAAUGUGUCGAAGCAUCAUAUUUAGUACCACCAAUGAGAAGUACGAUACAGAGAGAAAACAUUUAUUGUCUCGUUGACAAGGUAGUCUAUAGGAAAAUUGAUUUAUUGUACAAAAACGAUCAACUGCUAGCCUAUGCCUACAGUCUCGCUGACCAUUACACCGUGCCGAAUCUGAUGUUGAUAAAACUACAUUUCAACCAUGAAUUCAUCUACGACUGGUCAGAUUUCAAUAUAGAACUCAAAACGAAAAAUGUCGAACUUCGUUUGACGGAAUACCUUACGGAAUUUGGACGCCAACAACUGUCACAUCGAUGGGAAUUGGACCCGAUUGGCGGUAAUAAGUACAAUGCUCUGAUAGCGGAAUGCAUACACUUAAGGAUAGUGUACUACACGUGGUUUCACUUAUAUACAUACCACGCCUUACAGAGCCGACCGCCGGCCGUUAACGAAUCAGAAAUAAGAGAAAAAAACCUACUGCUCGGCAUCUGGUACAUGCUCGUGAUUCCGCUUAAAAAUGCAUUAAGGGCGUUUAGAUUCGAUGGAAAUAUCUACUGGUCUGCAGUAAACAAAAUGAUGGCCAAAAUAAACACGAUUGACGUGGAAGAACUCGCGGCACGAGAACAGUUCACGAGAAAUCAUUUUUGUCAAGCUGCAGAAAAUUUAGGACUCGCCAAAGCAUCCGAUGUCAAUCGACAGUUAACAAAAGUAAAAGUGGAAGAAGACUACUUGAAAAUUUCUGAUAGCAUCCUAGACAAUGCCAAUAAGCUACAGGAUUACACUGAUAGAAUAUUAGAUAUAUUGGGCGAGAAAAACGGUGCUUUUGUUCGUCUUAUAGUGUCUGCCGAAGAAAAUAAAACAUUUAUUCCACGACAAGAGAUUUGAAAAUAAAAAAAAUAUAUAUUUUGUAUUAUUAAUUUUUUUGUGAUUGCAAACUAAAUAUACGUACUUGAAUUCGGCACAAAUGUAUUUCCUGUACAACCUCUUACAUAAGUCUUAAUGAGUCACUCCUAUGAAGAGGCUGGAAACAACCCUCGCAUUCAUAUUUCAGCCAAGCUACACACAAGUUUAUUAAAACUGGUAUUAUUAUUAAUCUAGUAUCUACCGUGUACACCACGAGUUUCCAUAUUACAUGUUAAUUAGUAAAAAUAAAAAAUUAGUAUGUACAUACUAAAAUGAUGAUAUACAAGAUAUUAUAUACUAUUAUUAUAUGUUAUAAAAGUUUUUAUAAUAUAAUAUUACGUAGGUACUAAUGCACUUUCAUGAGGAAAAUGAAUUCACUGAUAGGAU